GGCGUCUUCGCUUCUCCUCCUCUGGAGAGCGUUCCCUCUCCUUUUCUUUCUCCGGAGGCGAAGUCAGACCAAGGCUGGAAUAACUGCAGAGUUUUGGAUUACUAAACUGUCCCCAAUAUAUCUGUGGUGAAUGUAACAGCAUCCAGCAACUCCAUCAUGGGAUACCACUGAGGUUCUUCUGGUUGCCCUGGGAGUCUCACAUUGAGAAACAAGUGUAAAAUGUGCCCUCAUCUGCAUGCAUAAUGAGGAAAUCAUUUUCUUCAAGGGUGAAAUACUAUGAAGUUAGUGCAUAAUUCCAGGAAUAACAGUUUGGGCCUUCAGUUUAUUUAUAUUUCCUGUUUCAUCUGAAAUGGAAGCAGAUUCAACUAUCCCAAUUUGGCAGAACAAACCACACGGUUCAUCACGCAGCUUUGUAAGAAGAAUUGGAACAAGCCUUCCUCUAAAACCAUGUGCAAGAGCAUGCUUUGAGGUGCUACCAAAUGUUUCCGAUCUCUAUUUAAAUGAUACACCUCCAGUCCCCACUCUGGCAGAUGUUGCAUGGAUAGCUUCAGAUGAUGAAGAAACAUAUGCUAGAGUCAGGACAGACACACGUCCAUUAAAGCACAAGUGGAAACCCACCCCAUUCUUUGUUAUUCAACGGAACGCUUCUGUUCCAAAUUUAAGAAAGCAAGAAGAAAAGUUGUUGGCGCUGAAGAAACCAGGCUUACCUGCUUUAAGUCGGACUACAGAACUCCAGGAGGAACUAAGUCAUCUACGGAGUCAGAUAGCAAAGAUUGUAGCAGCAGAUUCCGCUUCUUCUUCAUUAACGCCAGAUUUAUUAUCUCCAGGAAGUUCAAAUGUCUCUUCUCCUUUACCUUGUUUCGGAUCCUCAUUCCAAUCUACAACUUCCUUUGUCAUUAGUGAUAUCACAGAGGAGGAGGCAGAAUUAGAAAGCCCAGAGCUUCCAUCUGUUUCCAUGCUUUGUUCUGCAACCUCUGAAUGUUGUAAAGCAGACCCAAAGGAUUCCGACGAUGAAGAUUCGGUGUCUCUGUCAAAGGCCAGCAGUUUUGCAGAUAUGAUGGGCAUUCUUAAAGACAUUCAUAGGAUGAAACAGAACAAAGACUUGAACAAAACUUUACUGAAAGAGGAAGAUCCUGCAGUUCUUAUAGCAGAGGUUUUAAGAAGAAAAUUUGCCUUGAAGGAUGAAGAUGUAAACAUGAAAAAGAAUUGACAAUAUGCUCAUUUGUUACCUUGUAAAGCAAAUUAUUGUGCUCCUAAGAUUUUUCUCUACAGUGGCUGCCUUCCUCAGAACAUCAAAUAUCUCUUAGGGAUUAGGUUUCCUGCAUGAAUGUGUGUGUGGAAAUAACCGCUAGGCAAGAAGAACUGUCUUUUUGCAAUGUUUCUUUCCACACAGCUAAGAGAUACAAUUUUUUAAAAGGGCAAAUAGUUUUCCAGACCGUUUUGAAAUGAAGUGUUGUUAGUAAAGAUACCUCUCCGGUGAAAUUUGCAAGUGACUGACAUAGUGGUAAGUUAAAUUAAAAAUGAACUAUUAAUUUUGUUGCAA